CUACAGAAGAGAUUUGAGAUUUGAAAUCUCGUUGUAAGAACUUGAGUUACAGAAGAAAUUCUGAAAUAAGCACAAUUUUUGCUGAAACCCAUUUCUUUGGCGGAAUGCGCUGUUAUUUUUUUAUAGGUCUGUGCCUGCUCCUCAAGCAAUCAAAUAAAAAAAUGAGAAGGUUAAUUCUCUUAUGAGCAUGUUUUGGGCAACAGCCUGCAUUAUGAUUUUAUUCUUCGAUCAUCUUAAGGGAAGAUAUUGGAUAUGUUUUUUUUUUCUUGAACCAAUAAAUGACUACUGAAUCCUUGGAAACCCGCAACUGAAUUAUUUAUCUGCCAUUCAAAUUUUGCCAUUUCCAUUUCGAAACAAAUGGCUGGAAAACGCAAUUAGAGUGUUCUAAAAACGGCUUAGUACGCGUCCUUGUCUCCGUUGAUGUGUAGUUGUUGAUCGACUAGUUGUGUGCACUCGCUCAUCAGCUGCGAGAACUUUUUGACCUGCUUGUGAUUCCGUAAUCCCGUAAUCGCGUAAUCGGCAUCCAUCGGUCUUUCCUGUCAGUAUCAAUCCAUCAUGUCCGGGCUAACCCGCGGUACAGCUCUCCGGGCGCGUCUGCCUUGCCUCACCAAUGUCCGGGUACCCCGGCUCUUCGUGAUUCGGCCUGGUCCACCGGGAAUGCGAACCUUAACUCAGAUGACGCCCAAGAAUGCCCUCAUCACCACAGGUCUGUCUAAUCGCUCGUCCUCGGAGGAACUGAGGCAGCAAUGGGGUCAAAAGGCCUCCUUCAAUGUGCGGCAAUUGCAGGAUAUCUUGGAUCAUGACAAUCACGAGAUGAGGAACAACUUCCGAGAGUUUCUCCGCAAGGAACUCUUCACACCUAGAUAUGAUAUCAAUCUGGAGGAUGAACGGGCUCUGGCCUUGAAGCGUUUGCAGGCCAUCUGUGAUGCGGGUUUCAUCUCCGUGAUGGACUUUCAGAACAACCCGCUCAAGAUCUUUGCCGCCCACGAAUUGGCCGUCAUCGAUCCGGCCAUGGGCACCAAAAUGACCGUUCAAUUCAACUUAUUCGGCGGAACGGUGCUCAAAUUGGGCACGGAGCGACAUCAUUAUCUUUUGCCCGGGAUCGACAGCCUCAAAGAUGUGGGCUGUUUCGGCCUCACGGAAUUGGGAUACGGGAACAACGCCGUGGAAAUGGAAACCACGGCCACUUACGACAAGGCUACGGAUGAGUUGAUCGUGAAUACACCCUCACCUUUGGCUCAGAAGUAUUGGAUCACCAAUGGGGCUUGCCACGCCCAACACAUCGUGGUGUUUGCCCAAUUGUACGUCGAUGGCAAGAACGAAGGGAUCCAUGGGGUUCUGGUUCGAUGUCGGGAUGAGAAACUUGGCCCGAUGCCCGGCGUGAGCGUAGAGGAUAUGGGCCAUAAGAUGGGCUUAAAUGGAGUGGACAACGCCAAGUUGACCUUUGACCAUGUGCGAGUUCCACGGACCAAUCUUCUGAAUCGAUUCAGCGACAUCUCCGAGGACGGCAAGUUCGAAUCUCAGGUUAAGCAAGGAGGCCGGGCCCGAUUCUUGGUCAUGGCGGACCAGUUGUUGUCGGGUCGAAUCUGCAUUGCUUCGGGAUGUAUUGUGGCGGCCAAGGCAAGUUUGUGCAUCGCUCUGAGAUACGCAGCAACGCGUUUGACUGUGGGCCCGACGGGUAAAUCUGACACGCCCAUUUUGUCGUACCAGCUUCAACAACGCGCUCUUAUGCCUUUGUUGGCCACCACGGUGGCGUUGAAUUUCGGAUUGAGUCAAGUCAAGAGGAAAUGGGCGUUCCAGCCCAAGGAUGGGUCCGACCACAUGAAUGUGGUUCGGAUGUGCUGUGCCAUCAAACCAUUGUCCUCGUGGCAUUUAAACAAAGUGGUGACGGUCUCAAGGGAGCGCUGCGGAGGACAAGGCUACUUAUCUAUCAAUCGGUUUGGCGACUUUUUCGGGUCUGCACAUGCCGGGAUCACGGCUGAGGGGGACAAUUCCGUUUUAAUGCAAAAAGUGGCCAAGGAGCAUCUGGCCAUGUUUCAGCCCCAUUCUUUAGACACACCCACGUGUAUGGAUUUGGGCAACUCGGAUCAUUUGGCCUUUUUGCUGAAGUCUCGCGAGAACAAGUUGUUUGAGAACCUGAAGGGAAAAAUGGCCAAAGCCCUCCUCUUCACCAAAGUUGGCAAGGCUCUCCCCUCGAUCUUUGAUAAUUUGGGCAAAAGUCUCCAAGAAAAGGGCAUCUACAAUGUCUGGAUGUUCGAACAACAAGAUCUGGUUCAAGCUUUCGCUCGCUCAUACGCCGAUCGCGUCGUGUGUGAGGCCUUCCAAGAGGUUUUGGCUCAAGACGACGUAUCCGGGUCGGAUAUUGAGCCGAUUCUCAAGAAACUCUUCCAUCUGCACCUACUGAGCACUUUGGAGCGAGACUUGCCCUGGUUCAUGGAACAAGGAAUCCUGAGUUCCACUCAAGGUCGAGACCUCCUGGAUCUGAAUCGGUCCCUUUGCGCUGAGCUUGCUCCAGAUGCGUUGUCGAUUUGCGAUUCUUUCGCCCUGCCCGAAGAAGUCCUAGCCGCUCCCAUUGCCCGGGAUUGGGUUAAAUAUAAUGAGUACGAUAACCAAGGUGAACUGGCAACGAACGAGCAGUUCCAGAAAAUCCUUCAGGCUUGAGUGAAGCCUGACUAUUUAUUUUAAUACCUUUUAAAUUAUGGAAUAAAAGUGAUCCAUCAUAAUACUCA